CUUAGAGGGCGGACGUUUGAUGCUUGAUGCGCCUCUGAGAGUCUCACUACGGCUGGAAGUAUCUGUCCAACUCCUGAGGGACCUGGUGAAGAAUGGAGUGGUAUGUCCUGGUGCUGAUGCUGAGCUUGCCGCCCUCCAUCCGCGCAGAUUGCUCCUUGCAGUGCGAGAAAUGCGUGCAGCAGAUCGUCGGCCCCGACGCCGCCUUCAGCAGCCUGUCGUGCAGCGCGGAGUGUGAUGGGCAGCUGGAGAGCUGCGAGCUGGCUCCGGCGGACUACAGCCAGGACGAAGCGGCGGCGGAGGAGGAGAGCCAGCGGGCGGACCUGGUGAAGCGCUACGGCGGCUUCAUCAAGAGGAUCGACAAGAACAAGAAACUGUUCGCCUCUCCGUGGCGCGACAACUACGUCCUGAAAGCCGGGCCGCCGCCCGACAAGUACGAGGACUUGCUGAAGAGGCUGGAGGAGAGGGACGCGGAGGCGCCGCCGGACGACGACGACGACGCGGAGGACCAGGCGGCGCUCCGCGGUUACGCGAAGCGUUACGGCGGCUUUUUACGCAAAUUCGGGCCCAAAUCAAAGAGGAGUAGCUCCGCGGAGGCGGAGAGCCAAGAGCCCGAGGAGCUGCAGAAGCGCUACGGGGGCUUCAUGAGGCGGAUCCGACCGAAGCUGAACAACCUGAAGUGGGACAAGCGUUACGGAGGCUUUCUGCGCCGCCACUUCAAAGUGACCGUGCGCUCGGCCGAGGAGCCGUUUUACCAGGAUGACUUGAGUUUAUAG